AAUAUUCCACAAAACAGCACAUAACAUUGAGCUUACUAAACAAAGUCACUGAAGAGAAAAUUAUUGAUUUUGAAGGGUAUUGAGAUUACUCAUAUUUCCUCUCCACUGGUCUGAAUCCAUUAAAGGUAAAGAAAUGCUCAAGAAAUGCCGAGCUCCAUCCACGUGGUAAAACAGUUGAAAAAAUCAGUAAUGUGUGUUUUCAAGUUACUGUACAAGCUGAGGGUUACUGGUUACUAAAAUACUGAAGAUAGGUUAAGAACCAUAGGUAGGACCAGUUCAGCACUAAAUCAAAAAACCUAAAGAAUUUACCCUGUAGCAAAGACAUAUACACACAUUGCUAAAUUACCGGGACUUUUCAGAGCUCACUCCCUCCCUAUGAGGGAGGUGAGAACAUGCCUCUGCCUGCAUGUUCUCACCAGUCACUCCAGCCUCGGCCCAGCCUGGCCACAAUCUCAGAUGAGGCUGCUGGAACCAGAGGUACUGAAUGUGACUGCCUGGAAAAGGGCUCAGCCCUUACAUUAGAAGAGUUUUAUCCACGAUAUUGCUGUCCCAUAUAGACAAUGUGUUAGAGACAGGAAGCAAAGAGCCAGCAGGUUACACUGUCUCUGCACAGCUCUGAUGUCAAACAGAGUGAGAGACAGCAGCUGGGACUUUGCCAAGAACCAAACUGAGGGAGCUACAGCAUCCUGAUCUGCUGGUGCCCUGACCAUCAGUGUGCAACACAGCACAGCUUCUGUCCCUUGGGCAUGCAUGUGCAACACAGCACAGCUGCUGUCCCUUGCACAUGCUCUGCACCAGAGUACACGUAGCUGCAUAUCGAGCUGUUGGCUUGUAGCCUGCCUAGGAGGGGCAAGCAAGAAGUAUGUGCAUUUCCUAAGUUCUUCUGCUUCUGAUUGUCUUCUCUGCUUUCCUCUAUUACCCUGCUUAAAUAGGAAAUACUUUCACUUUAGUUGUGUUGCUCUGUUUGGAAAGAAAAUGAAAGCAUGUUAAACACACAAGUUUAUGUUUUUCUCUUAUGUUCGUAGGACCAAACCUAUGACACAUGUACACAUGUAAUCAUGAACCACUGAAGAGAAAGCACAUACUGGAAUGUUUUAUUAAAAACACUCAUUGCAGAAUCCCAUUCCUCAAGUCACUCAUAGCCAAGAUUAAAUGUUUUUUAACCACUUCUUCAGCACAAGCGUGCGGCACGACUUCAAGUAGAGGCCAGGUUAACACAUCUACUUAACUGUUAAGGUAAAUCCAAUCAUUCACUAUUCACGCUGUUUGCUGGCACCCGCGGGUUCCCCGGGCUGCUCAGCGCUGUCGGCGCUCCCGCCGCGCCUGCCCAGGGCCCGCCCGCAUCCGCACACCCACAUCCUCCUCCUCCUCCUGCUCCCGGGGCGGGCGGGCUCGCAAGGUGUGUCCCAGGUGCCCGGCUAUAUCAGGCGGCGCGGCGGCGGCGCGGCGGGCCCAUGGCGGUGCCGGCCAUGGCCGAGCCGCGCUCCAAGCGGCCGCGGGUGCCGCUGCCCGCCUGCCCCGCGCACCGCCCGCUGCCCGCCAGCCGCGUCCGCCACGGCUUCCCGCCCGCCGUGGAGGAGGCGCUCUGCGGCGUCACCGGCGCCCAGCUGGAGCUGCACUACUGCCUGCAGGCGCUGGGUGAAUAUUUUGAUCAGUCACAUGUGGCUCUACCAAAUAUUUCGAAGUUCUUCCUGCAUCAAGCUCUGGAAGAGAGAAAAGCCGCAGAGGCGUUGAUGAAGUAUCAGCAGGAAAGAGGAGGCAAUUACUGCUCUAAAACCAUCCAGAAACCAAACUGUGAUUAUGCAGUCGGUCUGAUGAAAGCCCUGGAACUAGCAAUGGUACAAUGGAAAACUAUGCUGCGAUAUUUUGAAGAGCUUUAUGCCCUGAGUGUUGAAAAUGCAGACCCUCAUAGUGCAAGCACUAUCAAGAAACAAUUUAUUGGGCCCAAAAUCCAGAAGAUCAAGCUGAUGGGAGAUCUGCUGACCAAUGCUCGCAGGCUUGACUGUUCCCAGGAUGGCAGAAAUAGUCUUGGGGAUUACUUUAUGGACCGGCUGCAGAAAGAGUUCAGGACCAGCAUAGAGCCAGAGUCCAGUGAUCACUGCAGCCCCUGCCCACCUCUCCAGCAGUGCACAGGAGCUGCAGAAGGUCUGAAGCGACCCCAGAGAGAAUGCUCCCAGCACAGAAAUGGCAUAGGGCCGAUAUAUGCAACCAUACACUGCACCACGAUGCUGCCACAGUGUAAUGAUGGCAUGGGAGCAAAGGUGAAGCAGGGCAGGGAGGGCCUUUAAUGCUCAGGCUGCUGCAGCUACAGGGCAGCUCCUCAGGCAGACCUGUCCUGAGGGUGGAGCUGGGACCAAAACUCAGGAGACAUGAUGCUCCGUCCCUCCUCCUGCUUUACACCCCAUCCCCUCAUCCUGUGCUGAGUCACAGCUCAAAAUCUAGCCCAUGCCACUAUUUGCUUUAAAUGACAGCAAGGUUGCCAGCUAGAUUGUCACAUUUAUCUAUGCAAAUCUUCCUAGAAGCCAAAAUAAGCUUCUUCUUUCUCUUAAAUGAUUAAGAGCACCAGUUAGUGCAAAUUAUUUUAAGAUACAUAUGAAUUUUAUUAAAAUAAAUAAAAAAUAGAUCACUGCACCUUUAAUGCAAGGAAACUUUUACAUGGCAGAAAAUCCCAAUAUUUAGUUUUAUAUUACUGAAUAUUUUACUAUUUGGUAUUUUAAAUUAUUAACAAGUAUAGUAACAUAAUGAACUUUUUAAAAAGACUUAUUCAAAAACAAUGGGAUUUUUAUCUUAUUUCUAUCAUACUAGCAAUUUAAAUAAGUAGUCUAAUGCAUUUACUGAUCAGCUAUUUCUACUUCAGGAUGAAGGAUGCAAACAUUUCCUCAACAGUGGGAAUAAGAAAAUGUGCUGAUUUCUCUAUAGUUAUUGCCUAGUUGGCUUUUCUCAUCCUCAGAAAGCAGAUGAGAGAGAAAUUAGGAGUUGUCAUUAGAUGAGAACUUUAGAGGUUCUAAGGCAUAUUUUGCAAGGGUCACCGAAGAGAGUAGCUCUAGGACUUUGUCCAGACUUAAUGUAGGGUGAUUGCUUUAAUUAUGAUACAGAGCCCUAUCUCAGCUGGCUCACUAAUGGAAUUACUGUGGCACUCCUGCUACUUCUUAUAUUCCCUCUUUGGUCCCAAGUAGGGGCAUGAGAGCCUAGUGAAAAAACAGCACACUUAACUAGAAUUGCAUCAGAGAGAAUGGGUACUCAUUAGUUUCGCUUUUCAAUUAGGGCAGUGUUAGCCAGCUUGGUUCAAGUGCAGAGGUGUCCAAAUUCCUCUCAUUAGUUCCCUGCCAGAGUGCCUCAUUCUACACCCUGGCUCCCAAGGUCACCUAAGAAGAGCAACUGGCUAGAUCAGCUGCCUGCAGUUAGGAAUUUUUUGUCAUUAUAUACAUCUUUUAUGGGGUUUGAUUCAUUGGAAGACUGCCUCACACUUUCAUGUAAUACUUCAGCUGAUACUCCUGUUUUGCUUGAAAAUAAAUUCAGUUCUAUGUCUGUAUCUCCAGUGUAUUCCUCAAUUCACCACCCAGGCAUGCUGGUAUUCUUCUCCAAGAGAUUUUGCAUAUGUAUACAAAACUGCACCACUAUUUUUCUGCAUCUGAGGAAGUUGUACAUGAUGGAAGAGUACGACAGAGUGAAAAUAAAUGCCAGAAAACUGUGUUACUCUAAAGCACUUCAUAAUAACAUUUUCAGUAAACUCUGAUACAGCUACAGUUAAGUAGCAAUUUCUGCAAAGCCCACCUUCUGUUGGUGUUACAACAUGGGACAGAAAAUUACACUGCAGAUGUUUUCCCAGUCUUUUCUGUGAAUGUGGUUUAACUUUGGGGUGGGGAUGGGGAACACAACCACUUUAAAACAACCUCUGUAUUCAUCUAUAAAAAUACUGCCAUGUGCCACAGGAAUGACUCAAAGCACUUUUAGAAUCAUGCCAGAUUUGCCUGUGUUGAGAUUUCUGCUGUCUAAUACAGCAGGACUCUAAAAGAUAUUUCCAUCUGGGCUAGAUUCCAUCACCCAUCCUCAUGCUGAGCAUACCUUAUUCAACAAUUAGUUCCAGUGACUGCAACUCAACAUGAAUAAGAGCAAUGGAAUCCACCCCCCUCAGUAUUAAAAAACAGCCCACUAAGUGUGAACAGAGCAAAGCUACUAACUGAAUUCUAAAUAGUGCUGUAUAAAACUACUUCAUUACCACUUGCAAUGUUUGACCUACUUGUACAACAACCUUCACUUUUUAAAAGCUGAUGACUUGAAACGUAGAUACAGCUUCAUCCAUGGUUUACAGCAUUUAACAAAGUCCAACAUAACAAAGAACCCGACUUUUACAUUUUUUA